AUGGGAAGGCCCAUCAUCAUUGGGCCUGGCAAGCUUCACAGCUUCAUGGGGGUCGCCCUUGCCAACAAUCACGACUAUUGGGGAACCUGGACAGGUGAACUUGAGCAUGGUCGGGCCCGGUCCUCUAUUAGUGGUCCCGUCCCUCCUUCCAUUGCGGAGCAUGCCAUUGACACUCUCAUUGGUGCUGGGCCUGGCCAGCGGCGAGUCGUCCCAAUCCUAAGCCGCAAAGAGGUUGAUGAUCGAUGGGUUGGCAAGCUACACAGCUUCAUUCAGUCGUCUGCCAAUGAGCGCACCCCGAUAACUUGUCUGGGGGAAGUUCAUGACGCAAGGCUAUGGUUCAUGAUGAACGGCGGGGACGAUCUUGCAACUUGA